AUGGGAGACUGGAGAAAUCCAUUGUUUGCAGCAAGGGUUGUAAGCGCAGUCGUGAAAUUAGUGGGGGUGACAUAUCACAUUCGCGGGAAGGAAAAUAUUGUUAAAGAUUCAGGCAGCAUUGUGUUACUAAAUCAUCAAAGUAUGCUAGAUAUGGCGGCUGUAGCUAAACUGUGUCCCCUGCUGGAAAGGUGUAUCGCCAUCAUGAAAAAAGAACUUCUUUAUUAUGGACCCUUUGGCUUGGCAGCUUGGGCUUCUGGAACUAUCUUCAUCGACAGACAAAACAGCAGUGAAGCACAAAAAACGAUUAAUGCAAUGGUCAAACGUGUGAAAAAUUUAAAAAGAAAUGUUAUAGUCUUUCCGGAAGGUUCUCGGCACUGCAGUUCUAAGCUAUUUCCUUUCAAAAAGGGCGCGUUUCACUUAGCCAUCGAUACGCAAUUACCAAUACAACCUGUUGUUAUGUCGAAGUAUUAUUUUCUGAAUUCCAAGCGAAAAAUAUUUAAUUCCGGUACAAGUUAUAUUAACAUUCUACCUGCCAUUCCUACGAAAGGUUUAACAAAAGAAGAUCUUCCAAAACUUAUGGAGGAUACAUAUAGAAUUAUGAAUAAACGCUUCAUAGAAACAUCGCAAGAAGCAAUAAAUGAGCACAUAAAUUCUUUCGAAGAUGGAAAAUAA